ACCUCUCAUUGUUCCCUUCGCCCCAAACCCCCCAAAACCAAACCCCUCGUUCAUUCCCAACCCAACUCCUUCACAAACCCUCUCUCUCACUCUCACUCCGUCACUCUCUCUCUGAAACAAAGCAACAUGGCAGCCUCUCUCACCAUCUCAAGGCUCCUCGCAGCCCCCAGAUCCCUCUCCCUCUCCUCCACCACAACCAAAGCCUCUCUCUUCUCCGCCAAACCCUUCUCUUCAAAAUCCUCCUACGCCCCUUUCUCUCUCAAACACCACACCCACCCCAAACCCCUCAAGUUCUCCACCUCCGCCGCAAAACCCAUCUCCGCCACCAUCUCCGUCGGCGACAAGCUCCCAGAGUCCACCCUCUCCUACCUCGACGCCGCCGGCGACGUCCAGACCGUCACCGUCUCUGAGCUGACCAAGUCCAAGAAGGCCGUCCUCUUCGCCGUCCCCGGCGCCUUCACCCCCACCUGUUCCCAGAAGCACGUUCCCGGCUUCGUGGAGAAGUCGGCCGAGCUCAAGGCCAAGGGGGUCGACACCAUAGCUUGCAUUUCGGUCAACGACGCCUUCGUGAUGAAGGCGUGGAAGGAGAGUCUCAAGAUCGGAGAUGAGGUACUUUUGUUGUCCGAUGGGAAUGGGAACUUCACCAAAGCCAUCGGGGUCGAGCUCGAUUUGAGUGAUAAGCCGGUGGGAUUGGGAGUCAGGUCCAGAAGGUACUCGCUUUUGGCUGAAGAUGGAGUCGUGAAGGUGUUGAACUUGGAGGAAGGUGGUGCUUUCACUUCCAGUGGAGCUGAUGAUAUUCUCAAAGUUCUGUGAUUUUGAGGUUUUAUGUGUUUUGGCUGUGGUUUUAGUAGAGAAUACGUAUGUCCAUGCACGAGUUUCUUGUUUUGUUUCAUAAUAAUGGAUGCGAUGCAAUCCCUGCAGGACUUUUGUUUUUGUGAAAUGCUGGAUUUUGUGCA